AUGGGAAACCAGGGAACCGAGGGAGAAUUGACACGCUCAGACUUCAUGAAAGAACUCGAGGUGGAACCUUCUUCAGAGGGAUACUAUGUCAACGUCCAGCCCAUGUGGAGCUUCAACAAUUGGGGCAUCGUCCCUGGCGCCUUGCUCAUGCCUCAAUGUGUUGCAGCUUCAUACCGGACAGUCCCACGAGGCUUCCAUACUCACAGCGUCCAAACCCACUUCCUCGGCAAUGGUACGGUGACGAAACGUGCUACUUAUCGCGUGGAGAAUCUUAACGAUGGAAAGACCUUCGCUACCAGACAAGUCAAGGUCGAGCAGGAUGGCAAGACCAUUGCGUUGACGACAGUUGGUUUCGCCAAGAGGGCGUCGGUCGCGGGACGAGGGGCAGCGGUUGUGGAGCACGCAGUCCCUGUUGUGAUGAGGUUCGAUACGUUCGUGGGGACCCCAACCCUACAAUCAAGGGAUAUGCGCUGCCAAUCGUUGCCAAAGGUGUGCCCCUCCCCAGCAGCCGAAUCAAAGCUCGCACGACACUGGCUCCGCGCAGAUGGCCCAGUCUCAACGGAAAAGGGUAAUAUGCAAAACGUCCUCGGCCUCGUCGCCCUCUCCGAUAUCUUCCUCCUAGACUCAGCGCCCCGCAUCUACGGACUGGGAUUCGACCUCAAGACGGAGAAAUCUCCGAGUGAGCGUUUGGCGAGGGAUCUCAAGGCCAUGACUACUAUCAACCACAGUAUCCAUAUCGUCAAUGUGGAUGCGGCGCGAGUGGAUGAGUGGGUUUAUGUGGAGUGCGAAACUCCUUGGGCGAGCAGUGGGAGGAUUAUGGUGCAUUCGCGCAUGUUCAGUCGAGAUGGCAUUUUGCUAGCAACGUGUGCGCAGGAGGGCCUUUUGCUCUUGAGGAAGAGCGCUAGUGAUAGCAUCGCGCGGCAGAAGCUGUAG